AUGCAGACCAUCAACCGAUUUCUGUACGGCCCGUCUGCAGAGGAGAGGGUCCGCGCAUGGCAGGGUAAAAUCCGUGGGGAGCAGCGGUCACUCGACCGCGAGAUGAGGCAGUUGGACAUGGCCACGAAGAAGGCCCAGACCACGGUGAAGCAGUUGGCUAAGAAAGGUGAUGUCAAGUCGGCGCGGAUUAUGGCGAAGGAAGUCGUCCGGAGUCACAAACAGAUGGACCGCUUGUCUGUCAGUAAGGCCCGGCUGGGCUCCAUCAACAAUCAGCUGCAGCAGCAGCUUUCCAUGCUCAAGGUUACCGGAGCGCUACAGAAGUCGACUGAGAUCAUGAAGCUUUCGAACUCCCUCAUGAAGCUUCCACAAAUUAGCGCGACAAUGCGCGAGAUGAGCAUGGAAAUGACGAAGGCUGGUAUCAUGGAGGAGAUGUUGGAAGACACACUGGCCAUGGAAGAUGACGAGGAACUAGAGGACGAGGCUGACGCCGAGGUCGAUAAGGUCUUGUUUGACCUUACCGAGGGGAAGCUUGGGCAGGCUGGGGCCGUCAAAGAAGACCUUCCGGACCAAGUCGAAGACGAAGAGACGGAGAGAGCGAUGGAGCAGUACCGCCAACAGCUCAAUGGAAUUCUCAGCGGAUGA